AUCAGCAUCUUUAUGACCCACCUGUCCAACUAUGGGAAUGACCGUCUGGGACUGUACACUUUUGAGAGCCUGGUCAAGUUUGUGCAGUGCUGGACCAACCUUCGCCUGCAAACACUGCCCCCUGUCCAACUUGCAAAAAAGUACUUUGAAAUCUUUCCCCAGGAGAAGAAUCCCUUGUGGCAGAAUCCCUGUGAUGAUAAGAGGCACAAGGAUAUCUGGUCCAAAGAGAAAACAUGCGAUCGACUCCCCAAGUUCCUCAUCGUGGGACCUCAGAAAACUGGCACCACAGCUGUGCACUUCUUCUUGACCAUGCAUCCAGCUGUCACCAGUAACUUCCCAAGUCCAUCCACCUUUGAGGAGAUCCAGUUUUUUAAUGGACCCAACUAUCAUAAAGGAAUCGAUUGGUACAUGGAAUUCUUUCCCAUCCCCUCCAAUGCAAGCACAGACUUCAUGUUUGAGAAGAGCGCCAAUUACUUUGACACAGAGGUGGUACCAAAACGUGGUGCAGCCCUGCUGCCUCGAGCCAAAAUCAUUACUGUUCUGAUCAACCCUGCUGACCGAGCCUAUUCAUGGUACCAGCACCAGCGUGCUCACAAUGACCCUGUGGCGCUCAAUUACACUUUCUACCAAGUGAUCUCUGCAAAAUCCCAGGCCCCUCAGGAACUGCGCAACCUGCAAAGCCGAUGCCUGCUCCCUGGCUGGUAUUCAACUCACCUAGAGCGCUGGCUAACAUACUACCCGUCUGGGCAGCUUCUCAUUGUGGAUGGUCAGGAGCUGAGACACAACCCUGCCUCUGUAAUGGACAACAUCCAGAAGUUCUUGGGAGUUACGCCGCUCUUCAACUAUACCCAGGCCCUCAGAUUUGAUGAAGCAAAAGGCUUUUGGUGCCAGCUGCUAGAUGGAGGAAAGACUAAAUGCCUAGGAAAGAGUAAAGGAAGAAAAUACCCUGAUAUGGAUUCCUCGUCACGGCUGUUCCUAAGAGACUUCUACCGGGAGCCCAACAUUGAAUUAUCCAAGCUGAUGAACAGACUUGGACAGCCCCUUCCAACCUGGCUCCGAGAGGAACUGCAGAACUCCAGCUGGAGCUGAGAGGGACUCCCUUGCCCCCAGUGCCAUUGGGAUGUGUGGUGCUCCAACGCGUGCUAUGAUGCCACCUCUUGUCAAGCCAAAACAAGUGGACAAAUGAGCAGGAGCAGAGAAUGUGCAUGUGGAGCCUUUCCCCACCAUUGGGAAGGGCUACUGCCUCUGACACUGCCCUGGGGCAUGGACUGCAAGUCACAUUCUUGAGUAUUACUGGUGUGUUACACUUUGACUUUUACUUACAGGAAGGAUUUGGAAUGCCUGCCCUACUUUGAGCAGGGGAGAGAGCACGGUUAACACUUUAUGUUUAAAUUACUCUUCUCAGUAUAUGAAACAGGGACUAGCUGGAGGGUUAAUGUGUUACUUCUCUGAGUCCAGGAGUAAAGACUUACGAGGUGAGCUAUUGAGCCCACUGCUGAGAAGAGCAGCAGCAGCAGCUUAAUAAAAGGGGAGUCUAGUCCAGUGAACCCCAGCUUUUAUCCAGUAGUCUAUUUGGCAGCAGCAAGGUACAAGAAGACCUUGUCCCUCCCCACGCAGAGUACAGUGGCUAUGAUCGUUAUCAUUACUUACAGUGCCACUGUGCGUGGCUGUUGGGGACUGCACUUUCUUAGAGACGUAGCACAUGUAAGAUUGCCUCUCCUUAUCUGCAGCAUUGUUGGUG